GUGAGCGGCACGCGGGUGCGCCAAUGGGGCCGCCCGGCCCCGGCGCAGGUGAGCGGCCGCUCCCGGUUCCGGCCUGGCCGCCAUGGAGCCCGUGGGCAACUGGGACCCGGCGCGGGCGGCUGCCUGGCUCCGAGGGCUGGACGCGGCGGUGCAGGGGUACCCCUUCGAGGCGUGGGGGCUGGCGGGGCCCCAGCUGCUGGGGCUGUCGGCGGGGGCCCUGGAGAAGUUGGGGGUGCGGCGGCUGGGGCACCAGGAGCUGCUGCUGGAGGCCGUGGAGCAGCUCCGCGCCCUGGACACAGGGCUGGCGAGCACCAGCCUGCGGACGCUGACGGAGCGGCUGUGGGAGCUGGCACAGGGCACCCAGAGCCUGGUGCUGGGGGGGCCGCCAGCGGGGGCUGCCCCCCAGCCGCCCCCCCUCGCCCUCCUGGCCCGUGUCGUUGACCUGGUCGGUGCCGCCAAGGAGCUCUUCUCCUGGCUCAACAGGUACCUCUUCUCCACCCUCAACGAUUUUUCAGCCAGCCGGGACAUCAUCCUGCUCUGCACCCAGCUGGCAGAGACGCUGCAAGCGGACUGUCCCACAACUGAGAGGGACGGACAGAUCCUGCGUAUUUGCCAGCACAUCGUGGGCAUCUGCGAGAGCAUCGUGGGCUGCAGCCCCCCGGCGCUGCUGGACCGCAGGGCUGUGCUGCAACGCGUGGGGCUGGCGCUGCCCCCCAGCCCGCGGGGCAGCCCCCCAACAUCCCCCAACACCCCGACGCUUCCCUCUGGACUGUGGGGGAGCCCCCCAGCAUCCCCUGACACCCCGACGCUGCCCCCCAGCCCAUGGGGGAGCCCUCUGAUGUCCCCUGGCACCCUGACGCUGCCCUCGGACCCCCUGGGGAGCCCCCUGCCACUCCUCACCGCCCCACUGGGCCUCGAGAUCACCUCCACCAGCUCCUGCCUGCACUUUGUGUCUGCGACCACCUCGGAGGCCUUGGCUGCCUACGGGGACUACAUCCUGCCUGGAGACGAGAUCGUGCAGGUCAAUGAGCAGGUCGUGGUGGGUUGGACACGCACCAACCUGGCAAAGAAGCUGCUGGAGAAGGCGAGCGGGGUGACACUGGUGCUAAAGAAGAUCCCCCUUGACCUGCCCGGUUCACCCUCCUCUCCCAGGCAGCAGCUCCCAGGAGCUUUUUCGGACGCUGCGGAUCCUCCCAGUGCCAGGAGCAGCGACUGCCCCGGCAGCCCCGUGUCCCCGACCUCCAGCGCUGCUGCCGAUUUGGACUCGGGGCCAGACUCGGCGCUGGACCCUGCCACUGAGGAAGAGGAGGGAGAGCACAAGCAGGACUUGAGGCUUCCCGGGGUGGCUGCGGGGGAGCUGCCGGGGCUGCCCGGCCACGGUGCUGCGGAGGAGGAGGAGACAGCGUGGGAGGGUGGCACCCCACCGAGCACCCCGUGCUCCUCGGGCACCCCUGCUGCCGCCGGACCCUGCGCUGCGGAGCUCAACCCCACGGCGGGGGCCGGGGGCGCAGAGCCUGGCCAGCUCCCCAGGGAGGACAGCCCCCAGACAGGACGCAGACCAAAAGGAGUGGCAACCAGGCUGAGCCGCCGGCGGGUCUCGUGCCGGGACUUGGGCCGGGUGGACUGCAAUGGCUGGCUCCUCAAGAAGAAGGACCACGUGGGCUUCAUGGCCCAGAAGUGGAAGCGGUGCUGGUUCGUGCUGAAGGGCCACACGCUCUACUGGUACCACCACCCCAACGAUGAGAAGGCUGCGGGGCUCAUCAACGUGGCCACCUACGACCUGGAGAGCACGAGGGAGCAGAAGAAGAAAUACGUGUUCCAGCUCUGCCAUCAGAAGUACAAGCCCUUCAUCUUCGCCGCAGAAACGCUGGGUGAUUUGAGCAUGUGGGUCAGUCACCUAAUAACAGCCAAAACAAAGUACACGCUGGCCCACCAGUCAGUCCCGGACAGGGAGGAAGACUGCUACAGUGAGACAGAAGCGGAGGACCCUGACGAUGAGUCCCCCAGGCACGGAUGCGACUCGCCAAAGAAGAAGCUGCAAAACGCCCCGGAGAAAGCCCAGCUCUUCGCAGCCGGCGGCGAGCCCAGCAGCGCAGCCAGCAGCCCCCAGGGCAGCCCCCGGCCCUCCUCGCCCAUGGACCCCGCCGGGGAGGAUCUCGAGUGCCUGAUGCGGUGCCUGAAGCAGGGGGGGGUGUCCCUCAUCGGGCGGCAGCGGUUCCUGACGCAGGAGCAGUGCCGCAAGUCCUUCAUCCGGCGCAACAAGAACCCCCACAUCAACGAGAAGGUGCACGCGGUGCGGGCCCUGCAGAGCACGCUCAAGGCGAAGCUGGUGGAGCUGCAGGCUCUGGAGCAGCUGCUGUGCGACGCCACGCUCACCUCGGAGAAGUUUACGUGCUGGAAGGAAGAGCACCAGGAGCUGUACCAGGAGCUGAGGGAGUGGUGGGCACGGCAGCAGGACCAGGAUGGCAACGGGGGGCUCGGGGCGAAGCAUGAACCCCCUGAAGAGGCUGUCGAGCCCUAACACCCUGCCGGGACCUCUCGCAUAAAUUGCUGCUGAAAAAAACCCCACGGUGCUGCGGGAGAAAAGCGGGUGCUCUGCCCGUGCUGGGGGGGGUGCAUAGCGGGAUUGAUGACAUUUUUGGAGACAGCCCCCAGCACGGACUUGCCACAGGGGACACAGCUUCUGCUACAUCACCCCCUCCCUGGGCUAGGACGUCGCAGUGACAGUUGCUUUUUUUUUCAAGGACGGUUUGCCUUGGCUGCACCUUGGCCAUUUCCUCCAGGAAAAAAACUGGCCAAGGUCCCUUCUGCUGUAAAUAAAACUGUGUCAACGAGG